CCUAUUAUACAUAUUAUUGGAAUAGGGAUGCUGCCUUAAAACAUUGGGGGAUGUGCGCAGGGUCAAUGCACCCAUUGAUGGAGCACAAACUCCGCUCUGGAAUCCCCAUCACGUCAUCGCCGUAUUGUGAGUAUAUAGGCCACUCGCAAAAACCGAAAGGAACUAUAAAUAAGCCACACAUCAAUUUAAUUUACAUCAAGAUGUCGACCGAGGGCGAAUACGAGUCGAUCCUUUGCGUUAAACCCGAUGUCAACGUUUAUCGAAUACCACCGAGGGCUACAAAUCGUGGAUACAGGGCAGCAGACUGGAAGCUGGAUGUGCCCGAUUGGUCAGGGCGCAUGCGGAUAACGGCGAAGGGGAAAGUGGCCUACAUCAAACUGGAAGACAAAGUCUCAGGGGAGCUGUUUGCUCAGGCCCCUGUCACAGAGUAUCCCGGCAUCGCAGUUGAAACCGUAAGCGACUCCAGUCGCUACUUUGUCCUGCGAAUACAGGAUGACAAUGGCCGCAGUGCGUUUAUUGGCGUUGGAUUCGCGGACAGAGGGGACUCUUUUGACUUCAACGUGUCUUUGCAGGACCACUUUAAGUGGGUGAAACAAGAGAAUGAGAUCAGCAAAAACCCUAAGGGGGCAGCUUUGGGACCAAAGCUGGACUUGGGAUUUAAAGACGGACAAACCAUCACCCUAAAUAUUGGGCAAGGCAAAAAGAGGGAUAAGCCACGUCCACAGGGGGCAGGUGGGCUCGGUCUCCUACCGCCGCCACCAAAAGGAAAGAUGGCUCCUCCUCCUUCCUCUGCCUUCUCCAAUCACAACACUGUGCCUCAAACAGGAGGCUCAGAUACGGGCUGUUUGCUAGAUCUGGACAGUAGUAACUCCAACACUGUGGUCCAAUCAUCCAACCCCAGCAGUGAUCUUUGGGGAGACUUCUCCUCUCCUGCAAGUUUGCUCCCUCCAACAUCGCGACAAGAGCACACGCCGAAUUGGGGCCAGUUUUGAGUCCACAUCAUCGCCUUUCUCAUUGGCCUCCACCGCUGAACGCAACGCCUCCCUCCGUCGCUACAAACACAGUCAAAGCAAACUUUCCAAGAGACGAAGAACACCAUGCACGUCUAGAAAGUCUUCAUCAAAUCUAAGAAUGGACGUACACUACAAUCUCCUCCCAAAGUAAAAA